AUGCCAUCUUCGCCGCAAACCCCCAGACAUUCCCGAAACUCUUCCGCCUUCGAUAGCUUCUCAGGCUCCCCUCAGGCCCGGAGACUCUCCAAGUCGUCGGUACAAGACCCCUCACCGUUCCGAAACAGCUUCAACCAACAAGAUGCAGUCGACCUGAACGAAAAUGGUAUGGGUAACCUGGCCGAUGAGUUGGCCGAUGCCUUCUCAGAUUCGGGAGAUGAAGGAGAUUAUACGGAUGGUGAUGCCAAUAGCGAAAUACUUGGACUUCAAGGGGAAGCACAUGGCGCUGAGCACGUAGACGAGAUGGAGGACACUGAGGGUACCAGCAGCCCGAAGAAGUCAGAGCUCGACCGAACGAAAGCCGCACAUCUUACACUUCUUUCCCCACGGCGGAAACAUCAAAGGUCAACCAGUAAUUACGAUGGCAGUGAAUACGGGUCAGAGUCAGACUUGGAUUCUCCUGGCAUGCCCCCUGGCUUGGUGUCCAAAAUGGAUGCUGUAGAGUCGUUGGCUCGCAGAGGAACAGAGAACUACGGCGGCCCUGCAGAUGAUGUGUUUAAGAGAGUAACAACCGCAUUGCGGGAUCUCGGCUCUCAGUCGAGCGUUGAGGCUAGCGCAUCAAGGUUGAUAACAGCACACACAGCCUUGACUACACAUUUGAGUCACCAGACUCGCCAGAUCCACAACCUCUCCUUCCCCUUAUUAUCUCCUCUUGUUGCGCCUCCAGAUCCCGAGACUAUUGACGAUUUGAUACCGCUGUUAAUAAACUUGUCUGAUACCAUGCCACGACCCUCGACAACAGCCUUCAACUCGUUGACUAGUCUCCACUCACUUACCAAUGAGCUUGUGCAAAACCUGAACUAUCUCUCAGACACACUGCAUAUGUCUCGUCAAACGACUACGAUGGCCACAAGGAGAUUGAAAAGCGCCAAAGAGAUCGUAUCGGAAAUGAGAAAGGAAGAAGAACUCAGAGAGGAAGGCGAGCGAUGGCUUACAAGAGGGAACUGGGGUGAACGCCUGGAGAAGAGAGAAUGCGCCGGAGUUUGCGGGGAUGUUAUUGGAGGGUUCGAGGAAGUCUGUAAUGGAUGGCGAGAGAGGCUUCUCGCGCAAGCUGAGGCACAAGCAUAA